AUGUUUAGCGAACUGCCUCAAUUUUUGUUUUCCCUUCAAGGCUUUCUAUUGAUGAUAAUUCUUGUUGUAACGCUGUACGUCAUUUCUUGCCUUUUGUUCCCUGAUGUUUCCGUUUCUGAUUUGGAGAAGAAAGCCGUUCUUAUCACGGGAUGCGACAGUGGUUUUGGUUACGAGCUCGCAAAGAAGCUCGAUUCUCGAGGUUUACAGGUUUUUGCUGGGUGUCUAACUUCAGACGGACAAGCAAAGCUGAGAAGUGAAUGCUCUCGAAAACUGACCACAUUACAACUUGACGUUACAAAUGCGAGCGACGUGCAGAAUGCUUUGAAAGAAGUAAAUUCCCACCUGCCUCCCCAAGGUAAGUGAAAAGAACACGCAAUCGUUUAAACAGUGGAGGACUCUGCGAACAUUGACGAACUGAAAUUAUAGCUCUUGAGCAAUUUCUUGCCACCGAAAAAUGUCAAUUAAUUAUGCACAAGAGGAGAUUUUUGCGGCCGUUUACACACAUCUCUGACAUCUCCAGUUGAUCUGAAAACAUUCAUCAAAUAUUACGUAAUAUUGGGGCAGGCCGGUAUGGCCCAUCUCCGAUGAGCUUUUGCUUUUGAAUAUCUGUAUCACUUUGAGGACUCACCGUUUUUUUCUUACCUUUGAAGAAUUCCAUAAAAUUGUAUUCACCCCUGAAGACUACCAUAAAAUAAUUGGAUCAACCCCUGAAAAUGCCUGAAAAAGGUACUCUUUUGGGGGAACCUCCCUCUAUGGAUCAGUAUAGGGCCGAAUAACCCCCCACUGAGGUUUGGUUGGUCCCAAGCCCUUCUACUCAGGAACCUGCAGCUUGCAAACAAAUGCAUGUAAUUUUAUGCCCUCCAAGAAAGCACUUUUAUAAUAGUAAAGAUCUUAUAUAAAAUGCACAAGGAAAGGAGGGUCCUGAAGGUGUAAAAUGGGAAUUGGGAUUUGGACUGGGAAAAUGGGAUUUGGUUGCUGGGACUGGGAUUUGAGUGAGAAAAAAAGGCAAAAUGGGAAUGGGAUUGGUGUUUUGUUAGCAUAUCAGUGGGAUCGGGACACUGGUUAGUGGGAUUUGGAAAAAAAUGGUGGCUGGGAAACGGGAUUGGUAACCCCCCUUCAGGACCCUUGGAAAGCAGUAGUCUGUUCCAGGCUCUCAGAUAGGCCUAGAUACAAAUAUCGCAAAAAAUGACCUAAAUUUCUUUCUAGAAGUUCUCAUAAAAUUCCUAAAUUUCUUAAAAAAUCUUCUAAAUUUCUCAGAAAUAUCAUUUUUUUCUAAUGUUAAUUUGACCCAUUUUUGGCUUUAUAUCAAUUAAAGAAAUGAAAAAAAAUAUAUACAUUAUUAUUUGAAUAGCAAAAGAUGUGUAUUGCAGGGCCUUCUCUUCCUCUUUGUUCUUGUUCACUCGCCUGUACAAUUUCCACUUCGAUAACUUCCGCCAUGUUGACUGAUUGAUUCCACGUGGCGUCGAAUUAAUUGGUAGGUACUUUGUAUAUGGUGCAUCUUAUUGUACUGCAGAAUAAAUCUGCUGAAUUGGUAGUAUCGCUGGCUCGUAAAAGGACACGAAAUUAAUAUAAACUGUUUUUUUUGCUCUUAUGAAGUAUCUUUUUUGUGAUAAUUGCUCUAAAUAUCACUUUUUUUUCUAAAUUUCUCAAUAUUUUCUAAAUUUCUCAAAAACUUCUAAAUAUCUCAAAAAAUAUCGCGAUAUUUGUAUCUAGGCUUACUCUCAGAUGGUAGGGAUGACCUGUAAGUGAAAUGCACGCAAAAAUAUAGGUGCGUGAUCUGGGAAAAGGUGGGGGAACAGUAAAAAGUUUCCUUCCAGUUACGUCUCCUCUUCUUUUAUUUUUGUGUUUGCACUUUCUCAAUUUCGGGGACCAGUCUAUGUCGGAGCCUGGAACAACCCAGGAAAGCAGUAAACAUGCGGUGAGUGUUUUUUUGCAGUUAAAAUAACAUGUCUUGAUGUACUUUUAGGUUUGUGGGCUAUAGUGAACAAUGCUGGGAUUGGACCUGUGGGUCUUAUUGAAUGGCAGAAUGUAGAAGAAAUGAAGCAUGUUCUUGAUGUCAAUCUCUGGGGGAUGGUAUCAGUGACCAAGGCAUUCUUGCCACAGCUUAAGAAAACCAAGGGACGCAUUGUUAAUGUAGCUAGUACAUGGGGAACAAUUUCGCUCCCCUCUGUAACAGCAUAUUGCAUAUCAAAGCAUGGUGUUCAAGCAUUUUGUGAUUCUCUGCGUCGAGAGGUAAAGCAGUUUGGUGUUUCUGUUCACAUUUUGGACCCUGGUAUGUUUAGAACCAACCUGGCAAAUAGUGAAGUGGCUAUAAAGCAGGUAGAGAGGUUAUGGGCUAACCUUGAUGUGGACACAAAGAAAAGUUAUGGAGGAGAGUUAAAUUUAGGUAAGUAA